AUGUCCCUCCGAGCAGAUGCUGUACAGUGCGGCGGGAUCAUGGUCGAGUUUGAGCCUGAAGAUGUCAAGGACGCAAGAGCCAAAAAGACCAGGAGUAUACCAGGGUCAGCUCUCAUCUACCUCAAGGGUCCCAAGUUUCUGAUUUACGUCAGUGGAGCAUUGUCAAUGUGGGGUGACCGCAUGUGGCACUUUGCUAUCUCUGUGUUUUUGAUCGAGCUGUAUGGUCGUAACCUGCUGCUGACUGCUGUGUUCGGGCUGGUGGUGGCCGGGUCAGUACUCCUUCUCGGGGCCCUGAUUGGAGACUGGGUUGAUCGUAAUCCCAGGAACAAAGUUGCACACGCGUCACUAUUCAUUCAGAACAUCUCUGUGACAGUGUGUAGCAUUGUGCUCAUGUUGGUCUUCUCAUAUAAGCAGUGGAUUGAACAGAUCUGGGACGGCUGGCUCACUGUGGUUUGUUAUACGGUGGUGAUCGUCCUGGCAGAUGUGGCAAACCUUGCAAGCACGGCGCUGACCAUCGCCAUUCAGAGAGACUGGAUUGUGGUUAUCACAGGCUAUAACCGCGGUCACCUUGCGGGGAUGAAUGCCACCAUGAGGCGCAUCGAUCAGGUGACCAACAUCCUGGCCCCACUGGCAGUGGGACAGGUCAUGACCCUGGCGUCUAAUGUAGUUGGCUGUGGAUUCAUCCUGGGAUGGAAUCUCGUGUCUCUCAUUGUGGAGUUCAUCUUCCUGUCACGGGUGUACCGCAUUGUUCCCGCACUUUCCGUCAAACCACCGGUGGUGGAGGCGGAUCAUGCCUAUCUGCCGAGGAGCGGGAGAAGAAAAUCCCAAGGUAUGGACUGCAUGGAGCAAUGUGCCCUUUGUACUCACCCUCAAACAGAAGACAACUACAGUGCCAACCUGCAGCUGAAAGAGAUCGCCAACCUGCCGCUGUGUUUCCGGAGGUUUCGCUGGCUGUUGAGCACCUGCAAGGACGGCUGGAGGGCCUACUACCGCCAGCCCGUCUUCCUGGCGGGCAUGGGCCUGGCCUUCCUCUACACCACGGUGCUGGGCUUCGACUGCAUCACCACUGGCUAUGCCUACACACAGGGCAUCAGCGGCUCCCUCCUCAGUCUACUGAUGGGCAUUUCAGCCAUCACAGGGCUGAUGGGAACCGUGAUGUUUACCAAGCUGAGGAGGGCUUAUGGCCUGGUGAACACGGGCAUUAUCUCCAGCUGCAUUCAUCUGGUCUGUUUGCUGCUGUGCGUGUGCUCUGUGUUUGCCCCUGGCAGCCCCAUGGACCUCAGCCUGCUCAUGCCCUACACUGAAUCCAACUCCUCUACAGAAAUUGGCGGGAUGGCGAACCAGAGGCAGAAACACACAAAUGCCCUGAGGGGGGGCAGUAACCAGCCGCUGCUGCCCGACCGCUCCUCCAUCCACUGGACCAACAACACGGUGCUCUUUGACAACGUGCCCUCUGGCACGGCACCAGAAUCCUACAUCUCUAUCAUCCUGUUGUUCUUGGGCGUCAUCACAGCGCGCAUUGGUCUGUGGUCCUUUGACCUGACAGUGACCCAGCUCCUGCAAGAGAACAUCUGUGAAUCAGAGCGGGGCGUUGUCAACGGGGUGCAGAGCUCCAUGAACUACCUGAUGGAUCUGCUCCACUUCAUCAUGGUCAUCUCCGCUCCUCAGCCGCAGCAUUUUGGCAUCUUGGUCAUCAUCUCCGUCUUAUUCAUCACCACUGGACACACCAUGUACUUCCUGUAUGCGCGCAAAGCCAAGAGAAAACACCGCAUGGACACGUAA